AUGGCCAUGCGCUUCACAUGGCCGCUGAGCUUGAGCUUGGCGCUGGCGGCGAACUUGCCGCAGGUGGAGGUGCAGGUGGAGAUCGAGGAUAUCGAGGUCGGCUUGGGCACCUCAUGUAGCUGCGCGCCAUCUGCGGACGCCAGCGACCAACAGCUCGACGACAUCCGAAAUUGGAACUGUGCGCGCAUCUACCAGGCGAAGGCCGACUACGCCAAGCUGGCGACGCAUUACGGGCAGUCGGUGGACGAGAGUUGGACGCAGCGGCUGGCGCAAGCGCAGAAGCUCUGCGGCCAGGCGCAGAAUGAGACCAAUCCUUUGACGGCCGCCAGCACUGCAUGCUGCGCCUGGGGCGAUGUCCUGAUGAGUCACCGAGAGUGCUGCAACGUGGCGGGCCCGCCCUACUGCGUCAGCAAUGCCAAGUCCAAGUUGGGCAGAUUUUCGGUGCUUCUGGCGACAUUUCUAGCAGCGGGGCUGGCGGCACUUUGCCCCAAGUGCUGCAAACAGUCCUAUUACGCCCCCAGCCUUCUCUUCACCGCUGCGGCGCCGCAGCGGGCGCCGCUUCUGCUGGGCGCGGCCGGCGAGGGCGACGAAGAGUGCGGGGACGGAGGUGGCAUGAGCUAUGACCCCCAGCUCUUCGAGGAGUUGAAGGCGAUGUGGGGAACCAAGGAUGCGCGUACUGAACGCAAGGGCUGCUCCAUGCGGAACUUGCCGGGGGCAGAUGACUGGGGGGUGCGGGCGGCCUUGGGCUUUGCGCGGCUGCAGCGGGCCUUUGACUUCCAACAGGAUUCCGUGAAGAACCAGUUCGAGCACCUCAUCACCCUGUGGCGGUCCCACUGCUCGGUGAACGCGGACCGCAUGAAGCAGGCAAACAUCGGCCUGGAAAGCAUGGAGGAGAAGCUGGUGCUGCAUGGACUGCAGGAGCUCUACGAGGACCUGCUCUGCGGGUUCCGCGCCUGGCGCCGGGAGUUCCGGAAGUUCCACAAGGAAACGCCGCACUUUCUAGACUCCGUGUCCACGCCCGUGGCCACACCUGUCCCGUCAGUCGAGGCCCAGGUGCGUUGGUGCAAGAUGGAGGAGAGCGACCAGCGUGUGCGCAGCGUCGCCGAGCGCUACGUGAAGUUGGAGGAAGUGGCCAUGUUCCUGCUGGUUUGGGGCGAAGCUGGCAACCUCCGCUUCAUGCCGGAGAUGCUGUACUUCAUCAUGCACCUCAUGCUGGAGGCCACGCCUCCCUGCGAGGUGAGAAAGGGUGUCAGCAACGUCUUCCUCGCGAAAAUCGUGCGACCCAUCUAUCAUGUGGUCUUCGAGGAGCACUACAAGGAGGUGAAGCUCGCAGGCACUGAGGCCACGCCGGAGCAGAGCCGCAAGGACGACAAGAAGCUGAAGGAUGGCUUCGACCGGUAUUUGCCGCCGGAUUGUCCAAACCACGACGACUGGAACGAGCUCUUCCAAGACAUGCCGCGGCUCCACGAGGCGCUGGAGGAUCUCUUGAGCCUCCCCAGCACCCAGCGCUACCAGGGCCUCAAGCAGGUGGAUUGGCAUGUGGCCCUCCAGGACACGAAGACCCACCGAGAGCUGCACUCCUUUUGGGGGGUCUUUGCGGCGACCCACCGGCUCUGGUUCCUGCACUUGCUGUUAUUCCUCCUCUCUAUGUUUUGGGUCUCGUCCCGAAACUUCAGCUCCGAUGCUUCAGGCUGGAAGGUGCUACUGGGGGGCAACUCGCCUUUGAUCUGCCUCUCCGCGGUGGGGCUCUUGGUGCCUCUGCACUUCUUCGCCUGGAAGUUGGGCCGCUGGUUCACCACGGGGCACGCCAAGCGCUCGCGCGUGAAGGGAUCUACCUGCUGCCUCCGGUGCCUCGCUGGUACCGGCCACGUUCUACUUCUCCUACUCCAAGCAAUGCUCAUGUGCAUCCCGGUGCUCAGCUUCCUGCUGGUCCGGUGGCUGGACGCCUUCGGCGAGCUCACCGAGGUGCACCCGAUGCUUAACCUGAACUCCGCCCUGUGGCUCCACGUCUUCGUUUGCUGCUUCGGGGCACUGCUCAUUCUGCUGCAACCCUUCGAGAACGGGGACGCCUUGCGUCACGGCACUGCGUCGCCCUGGAGCAUGAAGUUCAUGCGCUGGGGCUUCUGGCUCUCCGUGCUGGCGGUGAAGUUCGUGUCCGGGCUCGGGGGCAUCGCCGCCAUCGAGCGCGCCACCACGGAGCUCAAGAUCAGCCGCCCGGGCCGGGAGUCGCUGGAAGACUUACCACGCUUCGCCUUUGGACCCAACUGGGACAAGGACAUGAUCGAGUGGCUGGCUCUGUGGGGCACCGGAUUGAUUUGCUAUGUAGCCGACACCCAGUUCUGGUUCUGCCUGGGCUGCUCCGUCUUGGGCUUCGUCCUGGCGUUCCGGCACCGCGGCUGGCGCGCGCGCACGCUGGUCACAGAGGAUGCCUUGGCUGCCGUGCCCAUGCGCUACGCCGAGCGCGUGAUCCUCGCCGCGCCCCGCGGCCAGCAACACCGGCACAGGGCGCGCGCGGCCCAGGGCACCGUCCCGCCGCCCUCAGCAAAGAAGCAGUGGUACGAGAAGUGGUUCCCGGACUUGUGGGACCGCAUUAUUGACUUCAUGCGCUACGAGGACAAGCUGGACGACUUCAUCUUGGGGCAGCUGAAAUUUACGGUGGACGCCGGCUCCGAGCAAGUCGUCUCCUGGGAAGCGGUGCACAGGCCGCUGAAGCCGCGCACCAGCUUUAUGCCGCCGCCCGUCUUUGCCCACACCAGCUGCGGUCAGCGCUCCCUUGAGCGGGACCUAGGAGUCAUUCCGGAGGAGUAUUGGCCAAAGAACCCGGAGGUCAGAUGGCGGCUCAACGCCUUCGCGCGGAACCUCGCCUAUGAGCAGCUGCCCCGGCCUUUCCUGACGCCGUACAUGCCCGGCCUCACCGUGCUGAUCCCCCACUACGGCGAGCAGAUCUUGCUGACCAAGAAGGAUCUGAAGGGUGAGCGCGGGGGCGAGGAGGUGCCACUCAUCUCCUGGCUGGAGAAAAGAUACCACCGGGACUUCACCGCCUUCACCAGCCGGAUGAAGGCUUUGACCCUCACCCCCCGAUGGCCGGAUGCUGGCACCCGCUGGGACCAGUACUCGGACUCGAACUGGGAGUCGCUGUGCAAGUGGGCGUCCAUGCGGUCCCAGACUUUGUGGCGCACGGUGGAGGGCCUCAUGCUUUACCUGCCUGCCCUCGAGUGCUUCCAUCAGAUGGUGGAACACGAGAACAAGAAGUCCAAGUUGAUCUGGGAUCCGGCUGAGGUCUUCACCUGCAUGGUCUCCAUGCAGGCCUAUGCCUUCUUCAACGCGGACCAGUACAACCACACGGAGCAGUUGCUGCAGCGUUUCAAGAGGAGCUUCCAGAUUGCCUUCAUCGACCACGAGAGCAAAGGCGCGCAAGCCGAUGCUGAUGGCAUCCACAAGAAGCAGCAGCGCCGCUACUUCAGCUGCCUCAUCGACAGUAGCUGCCAGAAGUCUGGCCCCCGCCGGGAGCCGCGACUCAGGGUGGAAUUGCCAGGUUUCCCCGUCCUUGGGGAUGGCAAGGGGGACAACCAGAACCACGCGAUCAUUUUCACCCGCGGCUCCAUCAUCCAGGCCAUUGAUGCCAACCAGGGCGGGUACUUUGAGCAGAUGCUUCUGCUGCCCUGCGCGCUGGGCGAGUUCCGCCGCAAGGGCACCGGCGGCCUGAACCCCCGCAUCGUGGGCUUCGCCGAGCACAUCACCAGCGACAUCGGGUCCUUGGGUGACUUCGCCGCCGGCGCCGAGACGGCCUUCGGCACGGUGCUGCAGCGCAGCUACGCUUGGCUCGGAGCGCGCAUGCACUACGGCCACCCAGACAUGAUGAACAAGGAGUUCAUGAUCCAGCAGGGCGGUGUCUCGAAGGCCACCAAGACGGUGAACCUCUCGGAGGACAUCUUCGCCGGCAUGGAUUUCACCCUGAGGGGCAACGGGCGCAACAUCGUGCAUCGGGAGUACAUGCACGUCGCCAAGGGCCGAGAUCUUGGCUUCAACACGGUGCUGACCUUCUUCUCGAAGCUCUCCGCGGGCACCGGGGAGCAGCUGCUGACGCGGCAGAUGCUGCGCUUGGGCCACGAGCUGGACCUGCCCGAGUUCCUGACGUUCUACUACGCCCACGCGGGGUACUACCUCACCCAGUUCUUCCUGUCUAAAAGUAUCCCACUGCUGGUCUUUAUCUGGCUGCUGGUGGUGCUGGAUGACCCCGAGCAGAACUUCCCGGCCAUGGACCCAGAUGACAAAAGCGAGAGUGGCGCGGUCAUCGUCGCGCGCAUGCUCAUCACCCAGUACUCCUGGCUGUUGAUGCUCUUUAUCGUGGCUCAGACGGCGCCCCUCUUUCUGCAGGUGUGGCUGGAGAACAGCUCCGUGGCUGCGCUGCUGCGGGUGCUCAAGCAGAUGGUGACCCUGGCACCGCUGCACUUCGUCUUCCAGGCCAAGAUCAUUGGAGCCUACAUCACCAACGAGAUCACUCUGGGAGGUGCCAAGUAUCUGCCCACAGGGCGAGGGCUACCCACGGAGCGGCGGUCCUUCGUGAAGCGCAUAGACAAAGGCGGGGGCCUCUUCAACGACUACGCCGUGCUGGCGCUCUACGACGGCGCGCAGCUCCUGGUAGCGGCCUUGCUGGUGAUCCGGGCAGGGGGCCUGGCGGUGGAGCAGUCCCUCUACUGGUGGCUCUUGGCCUUGGGGCUCACCAUCUGCUCUUGGAUGCUGGCACCCUUCAUCUUCAACCCCUACCAGUUUGCCCAUAGCCACUUCAUGUCCGACGUCAAGGAGUGGCAGGAUUUCUUCUUCGCACAGCGAGGCGCCUACUGGCGCGCCUGGUACCUCGCCACCCGCCUCAAGGUGGGCUCCGGCCUCCGCGGCUCUGGCAUCGAGGUGUUGAAGCGGGCCUUCUUCAUCGGCUGCUGGUACACCAUCCUCAACCAGAAGGUUCACAUGCUCUCGGUGAUCUUCGAAGGCGGAGUGCGGUCCUUUAUGACCACCAUGAUCAGCGCCCUGCCGCCCAUCGGCCUGUCCAUCCUGGCGUGCCUGAUCCUGCCCCCGGUGCUGCGCGCCUCGGGGUGUCUGGGCCAUGGCGAGGAGCUCCAAUUGGGCUGGGCCGCCUUGGUGGUGGUCUUGCUGGACACAGCAGAGUGCCUGAUGUACCUCUGGAAGCUCGUUGCCUUGAGCUGGUGGAAAUCCUUCUGCGUGGGUCUGCUGCUGAAGUUCUCGCUGCUCUCCUUGUGCAUCGAGCUGGUGGAGUGCGCCUUCCGCCUCAAGGGAUCAGGAGGACCUCCCGACUGGCUGAAGUCCAGCAUCAAGAUGUGGCUGUACGGGCACCGCAUGGCGCAGGAUCUCCUCAUCUCCUCGCUGAUCUUUGCGGUACUGUGCCCAGGUGUGCUCUUCGACCGGUGCCGCACCUUUCUUUGCGGCUGCGAAGGCUGCGGGCUGCACAACAUCCUGAUCUACCGGGAUCCCGGAGGUGUCCACAAGACGCAGGCCGUGCGCAUCCACAUGCAGGAGGGCGAGGUCGUGGAAGGCGCCGGCGAGCUUUGA